AUGCCUAAUCCUACCGUUCGUAAUGAUAAAGACUUAAAUACCCGUUUCAGACAUCGAAAGAUAUCCGUCAAGCAAAGACUAAGAAUAUACCAGCCAAAUGAUUUGAAAAAUCUGGAUAAAGAUGAACUACAACAGCGUGAAGUUGUCGACAUAGAGACAGGUGUUGAAAAAAAUGAGGAAAAAGAAGUUCAUCUUUUAAAAAUUUUACAAAAGGGUAGCAAUCAACAGAUAAAUGAUAAAAAGAAGGAAUACAUCCCGACGCCAAGCGCGUCCACUACCUGGAAUGAAUAUGACGACUUUUAUUAUGGUAAAUUUCAAAGUCCUGUUGGCUAUAUUAAAUUUUCUGCUACCGUGGAAGAUUGUUGUGGCGCUGCAUAUAAUAUGGAUGAAACCGACGAAAUAUUCCUUAAAGAUGAAAUAAAUGAUAGAGAAGAAUUUAAAGAUAAUCAAUUGAGUGAAGACGAAUUUGAAAUUCUGUGUACAACAUUUGAAAAUGCUAUACGAGAGAGACAACCUUUUCUUGGUAUGGAUCCCGAAACAAUACUGUCAUUUGAGGAAAUAAAGCCGACCUUAUUGAAAGUCGACUAUGAUGACAAUGGGAUAAGAUCUGCAUUGACUAGCGAACUAAACUUUAAUAAUGAGAAAAGGUUUUUGACAAAAUUUGAUUCACCUUCUCAGGCAUACCUAAGAGCUCUACCCAUUUUGAUCGAAAGUUACGGCUCCAAGGUUUACGAUCACUGGAAGCUACGUAAAAUUGAAUCCAAUGGUACUGAAAUUUUCCCACAAUUAAAGUUUGAACGUCCUGGUGAAAAAGAAGAAGUCGAUCCUUAUGUUUGUUUCCGUAGAAGAGAAGUUAGGCACCCAAGAAAGACAAGACGUAUCGAUAUUAUAAAUAGUCAAAAAUUGAGAUUAUUGCGAAAAGAAUUGGAACAUGCAAAGGAAUUAGCUUUUCUAGUUGCAAAACGUGAACAAGCUUCGUUGAAGCUUCUCGAGGCUGAAUCAGAUGUGUUCAGUGAUAGAUGUCAGAUAAAGAGUUUGAAGCGUAAUCUAAAUCUCAGUGCGGAAGAAGACGAUUUGAUUAAUCAUAAGAGAAAACGUACGAACUUGAUCACCUUGGAAAAGAAGAAACAACUCGAAGAGGAAGCGUUGGCUGCCAAGUUGGCAAAAGAAAGAGCCGAAGCAGCUGCUGCAAUUACAUCAGAUUCAUCAAUGAGAAAAGCAAACAAGGGAAAAUUGUCGAAGCGACAGCUAGAACAGAUGGUAAAAUCUGGUGCCAAAUUAACUAAACAACAAUUACAACAAUUGAAACAAUACCAAAAGAAUGAUAACAGCAAGCUUGAUAACUCUCUUAAACAACUACAGCAAGAAAAGAACAAGCUGGCUUUGCAAUCCCAACAACAAGCACCUUCUGUUGCAUCUCAUGUCUACGUAAAGUUACCAUCAUCCAAGGUUCCUGAUAUUGUGCUAGAUGAUGUUGACAACCUUCUAUCCAGUAAAGAAAGGAAUGCGAGAAAUUAUGUUCAGGAAAGAAUGGAAAAGAGAAGAAUUGAGGAUGCCAAUAUGUUCUUCAAUUUAACAGAUGAUCCUUUCAAUCCAAUAUUUGAUAUAACUUUACCAAACAGUGUUGCUCCAAGCGAUGCGCCCUUUUCAUCAAUUGCUUCUUCCAAAUUUGAAAUUGAUAAGUCCUAUUAUGUUCCAGAUUUAAGAGAUUAUCUAAAUGGUACAACUGAUAACAUUAUUGUUUUCAAUAAGGACGGUGAAAAAAUUACCACAAAUACAGAGCAAUAUAAAAAAUUAGAAAUUUAUGAUCCUUUCCAACAAAGAAAGGAAAUUCAUUCUAGAGAAUACCCAGUUAAAUUUAGAAGACGUAUCGGUAGAUGUAACAUACAAUAUUUCGAUCGUAAACCCAAUGGCUCAUUUCCCGAAAAGUAUAGUAGCCUGAAUGAAUUUAUAGAUUUUGAUGCUAUCGAAAAGGAAGAAUAUGGUGACGCUCAGAAGGCCAUUAACGUAUACGAUUCAAAAGCUGACGAGUUAGUAAGGCUAUAUGAUAAAUGGAAAUAUGAUUCUCCCCAAAAUGAUUACGGAUUGCCAUUUUCUGUCGAGCCUUCCAAACUGAAUAAAAUUUCUAAUGAAACUCAAGUCAUACGUUUUGGUACCAUGCUAGGUAGUAAGUCCUACGAACAGCUUAGAAAAUCCACAAUAAAAUAUCGCCGGGAAUAUAUUGCCAGAAUUAAGCAGCAAAAAAUUGAUGCACAGCAAUCGCUGCAACAAGAUCAACAAAGUCAACGAGAAUCACCAGCUCCUGGUACUCAAAUCAACAAAAGCAACUCUAAUUCUACCUCUAGCAUUGCACUAUCACCAAAAAUGCAAUCAACUGUGCCUUUGACUAGUCCAUCCGAUAAUCCUGUAAUUAAAAACGAAACUAAAUUUGGGUCAACUCCUUCGCCGAUGUCACAGGCUGUCCCCGUAACUCAAAAAAAGACAUCUUAA